CGGCCGCAGAAGUGUUGAAAGCCGCGGCCGAGUCCAGGUCACGCCGAAGCUGUUGCCCUUUUAAGGGGGAGCCUUGAAACAGCGCCUGGGUUCCAUGUUUGCAUCCGCCUCGCGGGGAGGAAACUCCAUGUUGUAACAAAGUUUCCUCCGCGCCCCCUCCCUCCCCCUCCCCCUUAGAACCUGGCUCCCCUCCCCUCCGAAGCUCGCGGGGAUCCCUCCCUUCCACGCUCCCCUCCCCCCCGCGCCCCGAUUCCGGCCAGAGCCGGGGGGGAGGCCGGGCGCCGGGGCCAGAGUCCGGCCGGAGGGGAGCGCGCCCGGCCCCAUGGACAGCUCGGCCGUCAUUACUCAGAUAAGCAAGGAGGAGGCGCGGGGCCCGCUGCGGGGCAAAGGUGACCAGAAGUCAGCCACUUCCCAGAAGCCGCGGAGCCGGGGCAUCCUCCAUUCGCUCUUCUGCUGUGUGUGCCGUGAAGAUGGAGAGGCACUGCCUGCUCACAGUGGGGCACCCCUGUUGGUGGAAGAGAAUGGUGCCAUCCCCAAGCAGAGCCCAGUGCAGUACUUGCUCCCCGAGGCCAAAGCCCAGGACUCUGACAAGAUCUGCGUCGUUAUCGACCUAGAUGAGACCCUGGUGCACAGCUCCUUCAAGCCAGUGAACAAUGCCGACUUCAUCAUCCCGGUGGAGAUCGAUGGGGUGAUUCAUCAGGUCUACGUGCUGAAGCGGCCCCAUGUUGACGAGUUCCUGCAGCGAAUGGGUGAGCUCUUCGAAUGCGUGCUGUUCACCGCCAGCCUGGCUAAGUACGCAGACCCAGUAGCUGACCUGCUGGACAAGUGGGGGGCCUUCCGGGCCCGGUUGUUUCGAGAGUCAUGUGUCUUCCACCGGGGAAACUAUGUGAAGGACCUGAGUCGGCUGGGCCGAGACCUCCGGCGGGUGCUCAUCCUGGACAACUCUCCGGCCUCCUAUGUCUUCCACCCAGACAAUGCCGUACCAGUGGCCUCGUGGUUUGAUAACAUGAGUGACACUGAACUCCAUGACCUCCUCCCUUUCUUUGAGCAACUCAGCCGAGUGGACGACGUGUACUCAGUGCUCAGGCAGCCUCGGCCUGGGAGCUAGUGAGGCGCCAUGGGGCCAGGACCUGCCCCUGGCAGAAGCCUGCACCUCCUGCCACGCAGACUCUGGGUACUUGCCUGUACUCUUUCCUAAGAAGCCUGCAGGCUGCACCACGUUCACAGCCCUGGGGAAGCAGGCAUCGCCCCUGUUAGCCCCACUGGCUGCACCAAGAACGAUGAGCCCCUGGGCCUCUGUCAGUGCCUUCAAACCUCUGCCCCCCUUUUAGGGGGACCGGGGACCCUGCCUGCUGCUCCCCUUUCUGUCUCCUUUCUCCAUGCUGCCAUGUUUCUCUGCUGCCAAAUUGGGCCCCUUAGCCCUGCCUAGUUCUGCUUUGGCUGUGAAGACAGGGUUUUUGACCCCCAGCCUGGUAACAGUGGACACCAAGUGCCUUGCGUAAAUGCUCUCUUCCCUAUCAGCUUGCCCAGGGACAACAACACAGCCAUGCUCCUGCCAUCUCCCACUGGAAAAGUGCAGGGGGCUGCACUCUAGGCUGGUGCAGGAAGAACCAAUCUUGUCCUGCCCAUUCUCCGCCUUGGGACUGAUAGGACUGAUGGAGCCACCAGCAGUUUCUGCCCUGAGGGAGAGACAAGAGGGGAGGUCUGUUACUAUUGGUGAGGGGAGCAGCUUCACUUCUUGAAGGCUGACAGCUGCUCCCCACAGCACCCAACCUUGGACCCCCUACUUCUGCCUUAACCACCCUAAGGCCCUGCAGCUUGGUUCCCCAAGCUCUAAGUGGGGGCAUAGGCAGGACCCCCUUGUGGUGCCAUAUAAAUAUGUAUAUGUGUAUAUAGACUUUUAAGGGAAGGGGGGGAAGGGUUGGGAUAGACAACCUUUCCUCCCCCUUUCCUGGGCCCAGAAAUUAGGGGGAGGGAGGGAAAGGAUUUUUACAUUUUUUAAAAACUAUUUUCUGAAUGGAACAAGCUGGGCCAUGGGGGCUCCGGCUCUGUCCUCAGUCCCUCACACCCCCCACCCUUGCUCCAUUCGUUCAAAACUACUCUAGCACCUUCUAUGCCCAGCAAUGUGCUAGGUCCACCAGCUAAGUGUGUAGGGGUCUCCACCCAUAAUUGGUGCCUCUCCCCACCCACUUCAGACUUCACAGGUGCCUUAGAGGUAUCUGCAGGAGGUGGGACCUUAUUGGGCUUGGGGGGGUUCUCUAGAACACCUGGCCAAGCUGUCCCCCUCUUCUGUGCCAGCCCACCCUCUGCAACCUCUUCUGACCCCCUGCUGGCUGGGGGCUCGCCCCCAGGAUUUCUUGCCUUCCAACUCUGACUUAUGUUUCUGAACCCCCACACCAGUGGAGUCUGGAUCAGGGACCCCACAAACCAGUGCCAAGGGAGUUGGUGGUGGAGGGAGGAUAUUGGUGACCUGAGUCGGGUGACCUUCCUGUUUAAGUGCCUUCUCUGACAGCCUCACAGUGUGACAACUAAAGAGAAAGCCAGGCCCCCA